AGGGGAAAGCAGCCAAUGAGGUUCCGAGUGGGCGGCAAGUGCGUCGUCAAGGUGCCGGCUGUGAAGGAGCUCAGUGUGAGCCGAGCGAGCGGUCGAGUCGGGCUCGGUGGAAGGAGGAUGCGGGCGGCUAACGGGCUCUGGGCGGCGCUGGCCUUGAUCCUGCUCCCCGGAGACAGCCACGCUCUGCGAGAGGGAGACUGCGAAGUGUGUGUGUCAUUCCUGAGAACUUUCUAUCAGGCUCUACAAGAGAAGAAUGUUGAGUUCACACCAAACAGUAUUGAAAAAGAACUUUUGAAAUUCUGCAAAGAGGCAAAAGGCAAAGAAAACCGUUUUUGUUAUUACAUUGGAGCAACCAGUGAUGCAGCCACCAAAAUAAUUAAUGAGGUAUCAAAACCUCUAAGUCAUCAUAUCCCUGUUGAGAAGAUUUGUGAGAAACUGAAAAAGAAAGAUAGUCAGAUCUGUGAACUGAAAUAUGAUAAACAGAUUGACCUGAGUACUGUGGACCUGAAGAAACUGAGAGUCAAAGAAUUGAAGAAAAUUCUAGACGACUGGGGUGAAACAUGCAAGGGCUGUGCAGAAAAAUCAGAUUACAUUCGUAAAAUCAAUGAACUGAUGCCUAAAUAUGCACCAAAAGCAGCCAGUUCGCGGACAGAUCUCUGACCACCAUAGUGACCUCUAUCAAUUAGCAAGACACACAAACUACGUUAAACUUUUUCUUUCCCGGAAAGCUGUUUUUUGUAACUUAUUUAACUGGGUUUCAAGUAUCAAAUUGAAGGGAUUCUUGCAAUGCUGGUUCAGAUGCCUCAUCAUAUCUUAAGUUUUUAUUUCUAUUGUUUUGGAUUUAUUAUAAGACUUUGACAUACAUAUGGGAUUUUUAAAUAAAAGUUAUGAAACCUAGUGUCAGUUGAACUAAAAGAAUUGGCAUUAGUUUAGUGUCAUGACUGAACAUUGCACUUUUCCAGCACUACCUAAGUAACAAUGGUUUGAAGAUGACCUAUGAGACAGUAUAGCUUGCAUUUGCUGUUAUUACUGUCUGUCUACAUUCCAUUCUUUAAAAUGCUGAACACUUAUUACAUAUCCAAAUUAAAUGUUUUAAGUGCACAUCUUUCACAGGAGUUAAUUUUUCUGAAUAAGAAAGGUGUUCCUUCUGUCUUUACCUCCACUAUCAGUACAUAUGACAACCCUCUUAUUCAACUAAAAAUAUGCAGUGGCAGAAGGGGAAGAUAUACUGAUGUACACUUUUUAAAAAAAGUAUGAAUUCUACUUUCAUAUGAUGCACAUAAUAUAAACUGUUAAAGCAA